GUUCUCGGCGGGCAGGCUGCUGGGCUUGGCGGUUCAUUAUGUAGCCGAGGAUGGCCUUGAAUUCGGGACCCUCCUGCCUCCCUGGUGCUGGACUCAAGCCCACACGCCGGUUGCAUGUCCCUCAGUCGGUGGAGAACAUGCUCCCAGUCUCCGUUAGGUGAAAACCACCAAGUGCAGGGUCUGUCCACACUGCUCAGUGGGAAGCGCGGCCCGGCCCUCCCAUCCUCCUGCCUCGCCUGGAGUGCUCCCUGAAUGGUUUAUGUGGAACGUCUGUACAAGCCCGCGACCCCACAGUCUGAUCGGCUUUGAGGCUCAGUGUGUGCAGCCCCGUGGUUUGUGGAGGCGUUGGGUGUGCUUGUUCUGGGGUGGUCUGCCCAUGGCAGGGCCCGGAGCAGUGGCAAGACUGUCCUCAGGCCGUCAGCUCCCUCCAACAUGCAAGGUAGCUCCUCGGGAAGAGCGGGCGUCAUGACAGAUGUCCACCGGCGGUUCCUCCAGCUGCUGAUGACACAUGGUGUGCUGGAGGAGUGGGAGGUCAGGCGCUUGCAGAACCACUGCUACAAGGUCCACGACUGCAAUGCGACUGUAGAUAAGUUGGAGGACUUCAUCAACAAUAUCAACAGUGUCUUGGAGUCUUUGUAUAUUGAGAUAAAGAAAGGAAUUACAGAAGAUGACGGGAGGCCCAUUUAUGCCCUGGUGAAUCUUGCUACAACUUCAGUUUCCAAAAUGGCCACAGAUUUUGCAGAGAGCGAGCUGGAUCUGUUUAGAAAGGCUUUGGAACUGAUCAUUGACUCCGAAACUGGCUUUGCCUCUUCCACAAACAUUUUGAAUCUGGUUGAUCAACUCAAAGGCAAAAAGAUGAGGAAGAAAGAGGCUGAGCAGGUGCUGCAGAAGUUCGUACAGAGCAAGUGGCUGAUUGAGAAGGAAGGGGAGUUCACCCUACACGGCCGGGCCAUCCUGGAGAUGGAGCAGUUCAUCCGAGAGACGUAUCCUGACACUGUGAAGAUAUGCAACAUCUGCCACAGCCUCCUCAUCCAGGGUCAGAGCUGUGAGACCUGUGGCAUCCGUAUGCACUUGCCUUGUGUGGCCAAGUACUUUCAGUCUGCUUCCGAACCACGCUGCCCACACUGUAAUGACUACUGGCCCCAUGAGAUACCAGAAGUCUUCAACCCUGAGAAGGAGAGAGAGGCUGGCGGCUCCAAAUCGAGCAGGAAGUCCUUGCGGACCCGGCAGCACUAGCUGCGUUGUGAUGCAUGGCUCCCUGCUAUUGACUGACCUGUGCAUUGAGACCAGAGGCCUGGCCCUCCAUGUUGCACAUGAACUGCCUCUCUUGUCUAUAUUUGUUGUUAACAUGUUUGCAGUAAAAGUAUCUUGAAGGUUGCUGA